GAAGAGAGGGUAGUUUUCAGCGUGUCAGCAGCACAGAUUUCCACGCGCAGACUGAAUCAGUGCGCCGACAAUCAUAGCGAUAGUAGAAAUGUGCAAUAAGGAGCAUCGGCGGCUCGAGACCUGGAAGAUCCCACUGGAAUGACAGAUCCUGUAUUUGGAUAAAAUCUAACGGAUUACUCGAGAGACAAAACAAGAUUACAGAUAUGCUGCGUUUAAUCUGCAUUUUAUUCCUCGUUAACCUCUCUGAUGCUGUCAUGGAUCUCACCAUGACCUCUAAUGGGGCCACAUCUGCUAAUCAUUUCCACCUCUCCUGCAUUUCUGGAGAGCGUGACACUGAUGGCAUUCAGCUGAGCAUCAAAAAAGACAACAGCAUUGUUCUUCGUGCAGAUACCCCUAGUUUCAAUCUUCAGAGGCCACAGACAAAAGAAGUGGUGGCUACUGGAUUUACAGGUUUUGACCACAGUGGGAUUUUCUACUGUCACUCAAAAAGAGGAUCAGACCAGCUUGGCAAUGUUACACUAAUUAACAACUACAGCAAAGGUCAUUUUAAACCAGUGAGGGUCACUAUGACGGUCAGUAAAGGAGAAAAUGUGCAUUUAAUUAUGGACGUCCUUGGGACAGAAAGAAGAGACAUCGCUUGGAAAUUCAAUGGCAACUACUAUUAUAUGACUCCUAUUGCUGAUGUUGAAAACCGCACAGCAGUUUUGGAUCUGAAGAAAGUUGAUGAAAGCUAUGCAGGGAUUUACAGUGCCAGCUAUGUUGGAGACAGUGCUCUAUAUAGCGCUUGGAUGCGCCUCAUCGUUCGUGAUUGUCCAAAGAACAAAUGGGGCUCAGACUGUGACAAGGAGUGUCCCGAAUGCCUAAAUGGAGGUGUGUGCCAUGACAAAAAUGGAGAUUGUGUUUGUCCUCCAGGGUUUAUGGGAAUGCGCUGUGAGACAGCCUGUCGGGAAGGAAUGUUUGGUCGGAACUGCCAGGAAUCCUGUAAGCCGGAGAAUGGAUGCCAGGGCUUGAGUUUUUGCCUUACAGAUCCUUAUGGGUGUUCUUGUGCCAGUGGCUGGCAUGGAGAUCGCUGUCGUAAACCCUGUCUUGAAGGAAUGUACGGUGCUGACUGUCUCCUAAGUUGCAACUGCAAGAACAAAGGCAAAUGCAAUCGAUUUAGUGGCUGCCAAUGUUCUACAGGCUGGAGAGGGCAAUACUGUGAGAAAUCAGAUCGCGCACCAGAGAUUUUAGACAUAGCCAGUAACCUGGAGGGAAACUUGAACUCAAGCCACAAGAUCACAUGUUCUGCAACAGGCCAUCCACUGCCUAGCCAUUUGAGCAUCGAGCUACGCAAGCUGGAAAGCACCGUUCUGAAGGCAUUCCACACUAUUUUGGACUCCAAAAAAAGCACAGCUCACUUUGAGAUCCCACGUCUGUCUCCAGAGCACAAUGGUUUGUGGGAAUGUCGAGUCUCGACCAAUGGUGGGCAGGAUUCUUUGAAGUUUACCUUAACUGUGAAAGAGCCACCCUAUCCAACCGCUGCUCCCAAACUGCUGUUGAGAAGUAGCAGACAACUGGUUGUAAAGGCAGUGGACAGUUAUGCUGGAGAUGGUCCCAUUGUUUCCACUAAGCUGCUUUACAAGCAAGUGAAUACAGAAGACUCAUGGUCCCCCAUCAUAGUGCAUGGCAGUGAUCAAAUCACAUUACAAAACCUGAAGCCCUCAACCAAAUACCAUGUACGUGUACAACUUGCUCGUCCAGGAGAAGGAGGAGAGGGUCCUUUGGGUCCAGAGGCCAUCAUGGAAACUGACUGUCCAGAGCCCACGGCCAGACCGGAGAUUGAUUCCAGCUCACUGGAGGGCCGUAAUGUCACCCUCAGGUGGUCUCUGAUUGGCAGGUUCCGUGAGGCCAGUGGCUUUUUAGUGCAACUCUAUGGACCAUAUGGAGAGAAGCUGUGGGAGGAAACCACCUUCCUUAAUGUGCUCUCCGUCAAGCUCUACAAUCUGGAGUAUCACAAGAACUACCAAGCAGUCGUCCGGCUAGUAAACUGUGGCAGCCAUGGGCCCCCUUCAAGACCCCAUCAUAUUCACAUCUAUAAGCAGGGCCCUUCUUCUCCACGAAACGUCCAGGCCGACGCCCUGUCCAUUAGUGCAGUCAGGCUUCGCUGGCAGCCACCUGAAGAUCCCAAUGGAGGCAUUGUAAAAUACAGCAUUGAAUACCAGCCAGUGGGCCAGAGCAGCUUGCAUCCUUGGGUAGACACAGACAAUGGCAACAAAACCACAAAAGAUGUAACAUCCCUCAAUGGGAGCACAUUGUACCAAUUCAGAGUGAGAGCUUUCUCUAAGGUACCUGGAGAGUGGAGCAGCUUCGUACAAGCUCAGACACCUGGAGAAGGAUUAUCCAGCUUUAUUCCCACCACUCAGCAAGUGGGACGGCCGUUGGCUGAGGAUCAUCAACUUCUUUUUGCUGUGGUUGGGUCAGUGGCUGUGACUUGUGUGACCAUUCUACUGGCUCUUCUGGCCCUCUUUUACAUUCGUAAAUCUGUCCUUAAAAGAAGACGGACAUUCACCUAUCAGUCUGGAUCUGGUGAAGAGACUAUCCUCCAGUUCAACUCAGGGACUCUCACACUUACCCGACGACCAAAGCCUUCCCCAGAGCCUCUUACCUAUCCCAUCCUGGAAUGGGAGGAUAUAAAGUUUGAGGAUGUCAUCGGAGAAGGGAACUUCGGUCAGGUCAUCAAGGCCAUGGUCAAAAAAGAUGGGAUAAAAAUGAGUGCUGCAAUUAAAAUGCUCAAGGAGUUCGCCUCAGAGAAUGACCAUCGAGACUUUGCUGGAGAAUUGGAAGUGCUGUGCAAAUUGGGACAACAUACAAAUAUUAUAAAUCUUAUUGGUGCCUGCGAGAACAGAGGUUACCUUUACAUUGCUAUUGAAUAUGCACCUUACGGAAAUCUUUUGGACUUCCUAAGAAAGAGUCGAGUCCUAGAGACAGAUCCAGCCUUCGCCAAGGAGCAUGGCACAGCUUCAACACUCACUUCCCAGCAGCUCUUGCAGUUUGCUGCUGAUGUAGCAACUGGCAUGCAUUACCUGAGUGACAAACAGUUCAUCCACAGAGACUUGGCAGCCAGAAAUGUACUUGUCGGAGAUAACCUAGUUGCAAAAAUUGCUGAUUUUGGUCUCUCACGUGGUGAGGAAGUGUAUGUGAAAAAAACCAUGGGAAGACUGCCUGUGCGAUGGAUGGCUAUUGAGUCUCUAAACUACAGUGUCUACACCACCAAGAGUGAUGUAUGGUCUUUUGGAGUUCUUCUAUGGGAAAUAGUGAGUUUAGGUGGGACGCCAUACUGUGGGAUGACCUGUGCUGAGCUCUAUGAGAAGCUUCCCCAGGGAUACAGAAUGGAGCAGCCCAGAAACUGUGAUGAUGAAGUGUAUGAACUUAUGAGGCAGUGCUGGCGAGAUAGACCUUAUGAGCGACCGCCAUUUUCACAAAUAUCUGUCCAGCUUAAUAGGAUGCAAGAGGCACGGAAGGCUUAUGUCAACAUGGCUCUCUUUGAGAACUUCACUUAUGCUGGAAUAGAUGCUACCGCUGAAGAGGCCUGACUACUAGCCCCCCCAGACCCAAGAAGGGGUCAUAGCCCAAGGGAGGCUAAUCGCAGUAGGGCUCUGCGUUACUGUCACUUCCCUGUGGCCAGGUUCCAUCAUCGCUCAAAGAGACACUCCACCAAGGCCACAUGGCUAUAGAGAACAGACUGUGAAAGGACACUUCAGAUUCAGGAAGGAUUGAUAUCUCAGGGCAUGUUGACCUUGGAUUACUCAAGAGGAAAUGGAACCUACGAUAUAAGCUACCAUUGUAGCGCAUCGGGUCUGUGGGGACUUUGCAUUGACAUCUUUUUACUGGGAGGUUUUUGAAAUGUAAAUAAAUCAAAUGCAGUUCAUACUAUGGACAAAGGCGCCAGUAUUAUUAAAUGUAGCACUUGAGAAAACGAUGCAUUAUCCUUACUGAAAGUCAUCUGUUCUGCUCAUAAAAUUAAGAUUUGCUGUUAGUUUACUCAUUUUCAGACCAUCCAAGAUGUACUGUGCAUGAGUUGUUUUCUUCAGUUGGUAAGAUGUUUUCUUCAGUUAAAAGUUUUCUGAAUCUGUCCUUGGUGGCCCAGAAAACGCAAGUCAACCUCUAUAUGCAGGACAAAAUUAAUAACCUAUGCUAAUUGAGCUUUUGUGAAAUGAAGCAAUUGUCUGUGCAAGAAAAGGAACUAUGUUUAUAACCUAGUUUUCCUUAAAUGGGUGGUCCACAGUGUAUUUGUUUAAGGCUUGGCUGUGGAUGCAAAGCAACUUCAUUACUACUUAAACAUUUAACAUAGUUCAUUAGUAGAAAAUCCUAAUAUUUUUUCAGAUAUCUUACCUUGAAUAUAUACAGCUACUCUGCUAACAUGAAAACGGCUGUCAUAUUUCCUAGUUCCUCCAAAAGCCUGCCCUCAAGAGGCUCUGAUUGGUAAGCUAACAUAAUGUGAUGUGAUUCACGAAUUCAGCUCCACGUCUCCAGGAAGAGUCACGUCCAGCCACUAGCAUGCGCUGUGCCGCUGCUGUGUAAAUACUGCCUGUCAGUGUAGCAGCUGUGUCAGUGUGAGCCUGAAUUAGACAGAAAAUGAAGAGGAUACAGCUGAACCUCAUGCCUGCUCUCUAAAAUAAAUCUGACAAACAUCUUUCAUAUAUCGGGUUAUAAGCAUGUGUAUGUAAAAUGAAACAUUCACAUAUCUUUUGUGAGUUCGUUAUUUGAGAUGUAUAAUGCAGGGAAAGCGGCCGCGUAGAAAGACACUGCAGCACUGGUGAAGAUUGUAGGUGCUUACAGGGGUUUGAUUUAUAUAUAUGAAUUUGUAGCUAAAUUGUUAAUGGUGCCAAACAGCAUUUCCCAUUGUUUACAUACCUGUUUACGUCCUUGCUACAACACCAUUAACGCUAGACACUAUGCAUGUAAAAGAUCAAUUUCUACAAAUUAAAAUACUCACAGGUUGUGGCUCACAAUCCACAGCUUUGUCUAUUAUGGUUGGAGCUGCUUCGUCUUCGAGUGUUUUUAGUCGAAUCCAGCACAGAACAGGGAGAUAUUCUGGAAGCUGUCCUUUGUCCAAUGCUAGCUAUAUAUAUUUUUUUUAUAAUUCUCUGGAACAUGAUUAAAUUUAACUGUAAGCACUUCUGUCUUUGUGUCAUGCCCUUUGGAAGCUCAAAAACAAACAAAACGAGCUCUGUGGAAAAAGCAGCGUUUGAACAGGAUUUUAGCUUUAACAUUACAGCGCCUCUGGCCACGCUCCUUCGCUACGCAGGGUGUAUGCCAUGGUGAAUAACGUAAAGCAUUUGUGAUCUCACUAAUCCAGAUGUAUUUUUUGUAGUCCCAAAAUUCAUCCGCUGUAGGCUUUGCUAAGCUAACUCUGUAAAAGCCAAUGUCUUCUUUUUUUACUGAACUUUGAGUAUAUUACAAGUUACAAGAGAUUUUGUUUAUGUUCACACAUUACACUUUAACUUAAGUUUAAAAUAGGGUAUGGUUGGGGACCACUCCUUUAAUGUGUGUCAUGACUUUAUAGAAUGUGUAAGCUUUCUAAUGCGUGUAAAUUGUUGAAAUUACAGACGUCUCAAUGAACCAUCAGUAGCCAUGAUUAUUAAUUUUGUUUUACCUGUAUGCUUACCUGUAUGAACUCACAAAGUGCCUGUAACUAUUGACUUACAUUUUAUGAAUAACCUGGAACCACAAUUUCAGCUAAAAAUCUUCUUCAAUGUUGUACUGCUUAAAUGUUUAAUUUUGGUUAAACUAUCACAUUAAGUAGUAGGUCAGUGUACAUAAUGUUGAUAUUGUUUAUCAGACCAUACAAAAAACACUGAAUAGGAAUUCCUCCUUAAUUGUAAGUCGCUUUGAAAAAUGCAUCUGCUAAAUGACUAAAUGUAUAAAUAUUUUACAUCUAUGUUGCUUUUUACAUAUGACAUAUGUUUGCCAUGAUUUAACCAUCCAAUAAGAAUUUAAAGAACGUUAGAGAAUGUGUUUACUUUGAUAAAUAAAGCAUCGUCUUGGUGACAGGACUCAUCACAAAGGCCUUUGAAGAUGAGCAGAAACACUCCACUGAUAUGGAGCAGAAAGUACUGACACUUUCUUUCGUUUUCUUCAAGUAGUGGGCUUGAGGUCAAACCCCUUCCCUGCUGCAGCUUGCUGAUCUGUCAAGAACAUUUCCUCCAGUUCUGCCACAGGCUCAAGAGCUGUCAGUCACAAUACUGCAGCUUAGUUUCCUUCUACAAAAACCUAAAAAAUGUCUCCUUAAACUCCAUUGUGAAGUGUUGCAUUCACUUUAUUUACUUAUUAAACGCUUCAUUUUUGUUAGGCAAAAA